GGCAUUGCCCGGAUGUGAGCGGCUGGCGAUGUGUCUUCCAGGGAAAGAUGCUAUUAUCCGCGUCUCCGCGGGGGAGGCCGUGGUGGUGAGGAGGAGGAGGAGGAGAGCGCUGUAAACUUGGAACAAGUUUGGGACGGGCGGCUCCGCGCUCGCUCUGGGGGUUUCGCCUUUUUUUUUUUUUUUGUUUUUUUUUGUUUUUUUUUUUUUUUUUAAGGAAGGACAGAGGGGAAAGUCCCCGGGCCGCCACGGCGCUCGCAGUGUGUCAGUCACCAUGUGUUUGUAAAAACAAUAGAGGGAAAAGUUGUCGGACCUUCUUUUUUCUUUUCCUUUCUUUUUGCAUUUUUUUUCCUUUUUUUUCUUAUUUUUUUCUUUUUUUUUAUUUUUUUUUUGGCUGGCUGGCGUCUCGGCUGUCGGGGUGGGGGAGCUGGUGGCGGGCGUUUGGUGGUCGGGAACCCCAAAUCCCAACAAAGCCAGGUGUAGGGUGCCUGUAAAGCUGUGGAGUACCCCGGAGCAGGACUGACACUUGCAGUACUUUUUCGUGGUUUUGGAGGGUCACACACGUGUGAGAUAAUAAAGCACUUUGGCAGAAGAUUCCUCUCUUCUUUUUUUUUUCUUUUUUUUUUUUUUAAUUUUUGUUCCUUUUUUUCCCCCCUUGGAAUAUUGUGAACAUAUUUGUGGCCAUUUAAGGUUUGUGUGAUUUUGCUAAAAUGCAUCACCAACAGCGAAUGGCUGCCUUAGGGACGGACAAAGAACUGAGUGAUUUACUGGAUUUCAGUGCGAUGUUUUCACCUCCUGUGAGCAGUGGGAAAAAUGGACCAACUUCCUUGGCAAGUGGACAUUUUACUGGCUCAAAUGUAGAAGACAGAACUAGCUCAGGGUCCUGGGGGAAUACAGGACAUCCUAGUCCAUCCAGGAACUAUGGAGAUGGGACUCACUAUGAUCAUAUGGCGAGCAGAGACCUUGGGUCGCAUGACAAUCUCUCUCCUCCCUUUGUCAAUUCCAGAAUACAAAGUAAAACAGAAAGGGGUUCAUACUCAUCGUAUGGAAGAGAUUCGAAUUUACAGGGUUGCCACCAGCAAAGUCUCCUUGGAGGUGACAUGGAUAUUGGCAACCCAGGAGCGCUCUCCCCCACUAAGCCUGGCUCCCAGUACUAUCAGUAUUCUAGCAAUAACCCCCGGCGGAGGCCUCUCCACAGCACCUCUAUGGAAGUACAAACAAAGAAAGUUCGAAAAGUUCCUCCAGGUUUGCCAUCUUCAGUUUAUGCCCCGUCAGCAAGCACUGCCGACUACAAUAGGGAUUCACCAGGUUAUCCAUCCUCAAAACCAGCAGCCAGCACUUUUCCUAGCUCCUUCUUCAUGCAAGAUGGCCAUCACAGCAGCGACCCAUGGAGCUCCUCCAGCGGGAUGAACCAGCCCGGCUACGGGGGCAUGCUGGGCAACUCGUCUCACAUCCCCCAGUCCAGCAGCUACUGCAGCCUGCACCCGCACGACCGCUUGAGCUACCCAUCACACUCCUCAGCAGACAUCAAUUCCAGUCUUCCUCCGAUGUCCACCUUCCACCGCAGUGGCACAAAUCAUUACAGCGCGUCUUCUUGCACACCCCCUGCCAACGGGACGGACAGUAUCAUGGCAAACAGAGGAAGUGGGGCAGCAGGCAGCUCGCAGACUGGUGAUGCGCUGGGGAAAGCACUUGCCUCUAUCUAUUCUCCAGAUCACACCAACAACAGCUUUUCAUCAAAUCCUUCAACUCCUGUUGGUUCUCCCCCUUCUCUCUCAGCAGGCACAGCUGUUUGGUCUAGAAAUGGAGGUCAAGCGUCAUCAUCUCCCAAUUAUGAAGGUCCCUUACACUCUUUGCAAAGCCGGAUCGAGGACCGCCUGGAGAGACUGGACGACGCCAUCCACGUGCUGCGCAACCACGCGGUGGGGCCCGCUACCGCCAUGCCGGGGGGUCACGCCGACAUGCACGGCUUGAUAGGGCCGUCGCACAACGGAGCCAUGGCCGGUCUGGGGUCCGGCUACGGCACCGGCCUGCUCUCCGCCAACCGGCACUCGCUCAUGGUCGGAGCGCACCGCGAGGACGGGGUCAGCCUCCGCGGGAGCCACUCGCUCGUGCCAAACCAGGUCCCCGUCCCCCAGCUGCCCGUCCAGUCCGCCACGUCCCCGGAUUUGAACCCGCCCCAGGAUCCGUACAGGGGCAUGCCAACCGGGCUGCAAGGGCAGAGCGUCUCUUCGGGUAGCUCCGAAAUCAAAUCUGACGACGAGGGAGAUGAAAACCUCCAGGACACAAAGUCUUCUGAGGACAAGAAACUAGAGGAUGACAAGAAGGAUAUCAAAUCAAUUACUAGGUCAAGAUCUAGCAAUAACGAUGACGAAGACCUGACACCGGAGCAGAAGGCCGAGAGGGAAAAGGAAAGGAGAAUGGCCAACAACGCUCGGGAGCGCCUGCGCGUCCGCGACAUCAACGAGGCUUUCAAGGAGUUGGGCCGGAUGGUGCAGCUCCACCUGAAGAGCGACAAGCCCCAGACCAAGCUCCUGAUCUUACACCAGGCUGUGGCUGUCAUCCUCAGCUUAGAGCAGCAAGUCAGAGAAAGAAACCUGAAUCCUAAAGCAGCGUGUCUGAAAAGAAGGGAAGAAGAGAAAGUAUCUUCAGAUCCUCCUCCGCUUUCCCUGGCAGGACCCCACCCGGGGAUGGGGGACGCCUCCAAUCACAUGGGACAGAUGUAAAAAAGGUCCAAGUUGCCACAUUUCUUCAUUUAAGCAAGAGACCACUUCCUUAACAGCUGUAUUAUCUUAAACCCACAUAAACACUUCUCCUUAACCCCUUUUUUUGUAAUAUAAGACAAGUCUGAGUAGUUAAGAAUCACAGACGCAAGAGAUUUCAGCAUUCCCGAUUAUUAAAACCGAGAAAAAAAAAAAAAACACACACAAAAAAAAAAAAACCACAAACAAAAAGUGCAACUUGAGGGACGACUCUCUUUAACAUAUCAUGCAGAAUGUCUAACGCAGUAUGUUACGAGCUGUAAGUGCACAGCCUAGAGACUGAAUGGCAAUCUUCUCCACACUGUGGGACAAUGCAUUUGUGCCUAAACUUCUUUUGGAAAAAAAAAAAAAAAAAAUAUAAUUAAUUUGUAAGUCUGAAAAAAAAAAAAAUAUUUAAUUUAAAAUUGUAAACUUGCAAUAAUGAAAAAGUGUACUUCUGAAGAAAAAAAAAAAAAAGAGCGUUUUUGUUGGUGUGCUAGACAGCUAGUGUUUAUACUUACUGGAUAUUAAAAGGGAAGCUUUGCUGCCCAGAUAUUUACAAAACCAGCAAACGUCCUAAUGAAAACUGAAGCGAUGACAUUAGCCAUUCCUUAGGGUAGGAGGAACAGAUGGAUCUUAUAGACCUAUGACAAAUAUAUAUAUAUAAAUAUAUAUAUAAAUAUAUAUUAAAAAUUUAGUGAAUAUGGUAAGCUUUUGUUCAUUUGUUUCAGACUUUUUUGCUCCUGUAAAAAAAUAGUACUGAUUAACUUUUUUAAAAAGAAGAUUUUACUGUAAAUAAGGAUUUUUUUGUCUUAUUUCUGUCCCUCUCCCCUGUUUUUUUGUUAUUGUAACCUGUAGUGCCAACUCUGUCUCUGGAGGGGUAGUGCAGGAUGAAAACGCUGACCCUGACGUUGCUUCUCAUUCAUAACUAACGUAGAGAGUUGUUUCUUCGGUCCUGGGGGGAGGCGGGGGGCGGCGCGCGCCGGCACCCCGGGCGCGGGAGCGACCCCGCCGCUCCGCCCGCCCUUUUUCUGGGAUUUUCAGAGGUACAAGGUUAGAAUGCUACAAUGUUACCACUGUGCCUUCCAAUGUUUAUAUCAUCGGAAACAUGACAUAAUCAAAGUGGCUGUGAUUAACGAACCGAUUAAAGCGUUACCUAUGUGUGUAGCCUAAAUAGUGUGCAGUGAGGCGUUGCUGAAUACAUGGUCAGAUUCGGGGGGGGGAGGGGGAACCAUCGCGGGGGGAAAAAUUGCAAGUAGUGUGACAGAUUCGAUCGACUUCUUUUUCUGUUGUUCUUCUCUCGUUUUUAAGUGGAUUAUUUAAGUGUAGACCACUCGCUGCCUCCUCCUUUCUUUGUGAAAUGCCAAUUUCGGUCAUCAUGCAGCAUUAUAACAAGCCUUAUGAGUCCUAAAGCAUUAAGUUGCACUUUCUCGAGGAGGGGUGGUAGUACAGUAUUUCUCUGGCCAGUACGAAUGAAGUUUUUACUUAACAUAUUUAAUAGUAACAUAGCUCAAACUAUGGCACAGCAGCUCAUCAGAUAACUAGCUUUGAAGUCUGGGCACAAUUGAACCAACUUCCAUAGUGAAUCUUUAAUAACGAUUGACUUUGGUGUACAGUACGAUUAACAGAUAGUGCUCCUAGUUAAGUAUUUGUCAGCAUCCUUUUGUCUCUAAUUCCAGUUUCUAUUUUUACAGCCACACCGACCUGGCAUGUAUUUUAAAUAAAAUCUCCCUGUUCGAGUAGAUUUUCCACCUAUCGACACUGAAUAAAUGCCAUAAAUCCAUCAAACGGUCUAAAUGUUCCAUCUGUUCUCCUGUUUUGCCAGUUAUAUAGUAAUGAGAAAAAUACAUUUGUAAAUUUUAUGCAACAAAUGGCAAACGUAUCAUUAUUUUGAAAUUGUGUAUGUAAAAGUUAUAUUUUUACAUGUAGACUCUUGUUAUUAUGUGUUUUAAUACAUUGUAUCAGUUUGUUUUGUUCUGUUCUUUUUUCCUCCUUUUGUUUAUAAAAAUCUGUGUGGUUGAAAAAAAAGUCUCAUUUAAAUGAAAUAGUGAGAUACGAGAAUCUGAAUUUUAUGUUCGUUUCUGAAAACGUAAAGAACAAAUGCGGUAGUUACCACGUGCUCACCUUCGGCAUCCCCAUACCCAUUUGGAUUAGCUGUGUGCGUGCUGAGAACUGUAAAUACGUUCAGUAGCGAUAAAACUUUUCAAUGUUUUGAUUUGUCGAUAAGUUUCUCAAAUGUGGAGGUGGAUUCAACUGCUAGAGCAGACGCUAGAGGAGACCACACUAAGGCUUAAUUCCCGGUUCCGACGGCUUAUUGCGGGAGGAACGCUGGACUCGGAGCAGGCCUGGUUUAUCUGAGAGGGGGUGUAAUAAAGCUUGAGCCCACGCGGCGCUCGUGACGGCCGGCGGUCCCCUCGGCGGGCUGGAGGGCUCUGCUGCUCCGCGCCGCGCCCGGCGUCCCUCCGGAUGGCGUGAAGAGCACGAUGCCGAUGAACAAGCCAUAUAGUUGUUUUUUUUUUUCCAGGAGACCUCAGACCCGGUGGACAACGCUCGGUUUCGGUCUGUCCGAGUGGCACCACUCGAUCGGGGUAGGGACCGGCAAGGCGAUCGGCACCGAGAUGCUGAGGACUGUGCUUCUGAUAAACGAUGUAAAAAACAAACAAACAAACAAAACACACAAAAAAAAAUUAUAAGACCAACUUCAUGUUUAUUUAAAACAAUCUGUGGACAGAAAAUAAAUGACGAGUUUAGUUUCUGGAACUUAAAAAGAAAGAAAAAGCUUGUCUUGUUCCGCUCGCACGCGGCUCUCGCCGACCUCGAGGAGCAGCUCGGGGCCGUGGCCGGCGGCCGCGGCGCUCCCGGCGAUGCCGCGGGCUCCCCCAGCCUCGCCGCCCCCAGCUCGCGCAGGAUGCGCCCUCGUCCCGCCCGGAUUUCAGAGCCGAGGAUCCUGGCCGCCUUCCGCUCCAGAUGAGGCAAGAUUUAAAAACAAAAAAACAAAAACAAACACAAAAAAAACCCCCCCGCCCCCCCGCGAGUGUGUAAUGCUGAGUCUUUGUCCCGUUAUCUCCCGGGCCAGGUAAGGUGUGCGCAUCUCGAGCUGCCUUUCUCCGAGGGGAUUGAGCCGAUGGUAGUUAAGGCGAUGAAGGUUAUUAGAAAGCUGUCCCCUGCGGUAAGAAAUCCGGGCUGAGAAACUCUCCAAGAAAGACGUAAAUACUGAAUUAGCAGCUUUUUCUGAACUGAUCCACCUCCACAUUCAAGUAAUUUAUGAAUAUGCUGAAUAGGGAAUCUGUUCAUCUAGAACUUUUUUACCAUUUGUCUUCUGUGUAGCUGCGAGGAACACUAAUGUUUAUACAACUGUCAGUCCUACCAGUGAUGCAACUUGUACUGAUUCAGUCUUCCGAGGUUUUUUGGGGUUUGUUUUUUUAACGUUGGGGUUUGGGUUGGUUUUUUUGGGUUUGUUGGUUUGUUUUUUUUUUUUUCCAGGGUCCGGGGUGGGGGGAAGGCGAUGGAGACGGGUGGUCAGGGAGAGGAGGGGGUUCACCUUUGUAGCCGAUAGGCAGAAUACGAUCCGUGUCCAAAAGCGAACAAUACUGAAUAUUGCCAGGAAUGAAGAGAUUUCAGCGGAAACAAGCACAAAUAAAAAAAAAUAAAAAUUAUUUUAAAAAAAAAAAAGGAAAAUAGAAAAAAGAAUAUUACAGGAAAAAAAAAAAAGUCCACUGGUUGACUGGAAAAAAAAAAUAACCUAGAGGUGGAAUACGAUGAAUUCCAACACAGCGGGGCACCAGGGCCCGGGGGGGCCCUACCUUUUCGUUUCGGUUUUGGUUUGUUUCUUUGGUUUUUGUUUUGUUUU